AUUAAAAUAACAGAGAAAGCUUAUACGCAUUCAGUCCUCCAUUUCUCUAGAAAAAAAAAUCUUUUCUCCAUUUCUCUCUGUUCAUAUCACAAAAUUUCUUCAAAUCUUCCAAUUCUCUAUGCUCGUUCCAUAAAAUGUGAGCCACAUUUUGGAAACCCAAAAACUCUAACUAGAAAUUGUGACUCCAUUAGGAAUUUGAGUUAUCUAAAGUUGAAGAAGGAAAGGAGAGAGUUCAAAGUCUGAAUAUUCACUGUAAGGUUAACCCGUUUGAAUGUUUGAAGCUUGAAAUCACUCAGAGGGAAAUGAAAGGAAUUGGACGAGGUAAAAGUGUGAGAGGCGGGACGAGCCGUGGACAUGGCAAUUUUCGAGGACGUGGAAGUUCAGGAACGAUGUCUCAACAACAAAUACAACCAACAGAGAUUAACGAGGCAUCUUUGGAGAUAGGACAAUCAAGUAACCCAACUCAAGGACCUAUACAGACCGAACAAACAUCAAGUAGCCCUCUCCAAAGAACAUCUCUAGAGACACAAUCAUCAAGGAAUCUAGAAGAAAGUGUACUUCCCUCUCCAUAGGCUUCAAAUGGUGUAGUUUCUCGCAUCAAUAAAAAGAAAGGAAGAGGGAAAUAUAAAUCUAAAACAGUAGAUAUAAAACCUAGGUAUGGAGGCAAAAUCACAAUAAUGAUUCCAGAUGACAUUGAUAGAGUUGUGGGUCCUGGGGCUAUAGAUAUUGUUAGUUACUCUGGUUUGACCAUGAGGAGCAUUAUCUCGUUCCGAGAGGGGAAGUGGCAAAAGAUUGUUUUGAAAUACGGAGAAGAAAUGUGGUUGAGGGUCAAGAACAAAUUUGAAGUUUGUGGCGGACUGCGAGAGCAUAAGUUGCAAGGCUUUGUCAUAAGUAGUAUGCAAAGGCUUUUUAGAGCAUGGAAAGCUCAAUUGCUCACUGACUACCUCCGUUAUGCUACUGAUGAAGAGAGAUUGUCUCAUCGACCUAAGGAUGUUCAGUUGGAGGACUGGAAAUACCUAGUAAAGUAUUUUGGAAGUGAAGAAUUCAAGAUUGUCAGUGAAAGAAACAAAAGAAAUAGGGAAAAGCAAAUAACUAAGCAUGCUUGUGGUACAAAGUCUUUUGCAGAAAGAGAUCCUGUUUCUGGAGAAAAGAACACACCAAAUAAAGUGUGGGAGAUCCAACAUACACGUAAGAAUGAUAACAGAGAAUGGGUGUGGUUGGAUUCAAAAUCCCAACAAAUUCAUGACUAGCUCCAUCAACUUGUUGUUGAACAACAAUCUGAAGAGGUCGAGAAUCCCAUGACUAGAAAAGAGAUGUAUUCAUCCAUUCUUGGUGAGAGACCAGGCUAUGUGCGUGGUUUUGGAUAUGGGAAGAAGCCUGCCAGAAAGACUCAAAUGCAGCAGGCGAACAUAGAGGCCAGCGUAUCUUCUGCAAUGGAAAUUAUGCGGCAAGAGAUGCAAGCUGAUAUGGAUCGAAAGUUGCAAGAAGAACUUAACCGGAAGUUGCAAGAAGAACAUGAACAAAUGGCUAUCGACUUAAAAAGGGAUAUGGAACAAGAUUUUCAAAACAAAUUGAAAGAGGAGCGUGCACACAUGAAAGGAGAAUUUGACAAGAUGUUCCAAGAACAAAUAUCUUCUUUCAUGACUAGAAUGCAACAGGGACGAGGUUCUUAAACAAUGGAGCAAACCAAAGAAAAGUUUGAAGGCGUGCAAUAGAAGUUUUUGGUCAUAUAUAAUAUGCAUAAAAUGAAAGUUUUUAUGUAAUAUGCAUACAAUGGAAGUGUUUGAUGAUAUGUAAUAUAUAUAUACGUUGGAAGUUUUUGAUUUUUUGGGUCAUAUGUAUAUGCAUAUAAUGAACCGAAGUACUAUGUCCAUAGUAUAUCUGUAGUUGACUUUUAAGUAAUGAAAGUAUUUAUGAUAUUCGACUUGGAA